GUCUGUCUGAGUUUAGAAGAGAACUCCAGCUGACUGGCUUGCACUCUGGUCAAAGGCAUCAUGGUACAAGCUGUGGUGCAACUAGUCCUAUUUGGGCUGCUGUCAGCUUUGGUUGCCACGCAUGCAAACAAGGAUGACUGGGACAUCUACAGCUUUCACAUCAACUCAACAGUAAGCAGUCGUUAUGCAACCACUGUCAUCACAAGCCGCGUGGCCAAUCGAAUGAACGAGUCAAAGGAAGUAGAGUUUCAAGUCCGGAUUCCCAAGAAUGCCUUCAUCAGUAAAUUCAGAAUGUUUAUUGAUGGGCAGCCAUACGAUGGAGUUGUGAAAGCUAAGGAAGCAGCUAAGCAGCAGUACACUGAUGCUGUGUCCCGAGGUCAGAGUGCAGGGAUUGUCAGCUCUGUUGGAAGGACUCUUGAGGAAUUCAAGACCUCAGUAAAUGUAGCAGCUCACAAAAAAGUCACCUUUGAACUUACGUAUGAGGAACUACUGAAACGCAAAUUGGGCAAGUAUGAGCUGCAAAUCCACGCUCGACCCAUGCAGCCUGUAAAAGACUUCAAGGUGGAUGUGCACAUAAACGAGGAUGCUGGGAUCAAUUUCUUGGAGGUGAAAGGAGGACUGAGCACCAAUGCCAUGGCUAAUGCCAUCACCAAAACACUUGCAGACAAACAGGCGUGGCUGUAUUUCUACCCAACAGAGGAUCAACAGAAAUCAUGUGACAGCUGUGGAGAGCAAGGUAUGAAUGGAGAUCUGGUCAUUGUUUAUGACGUCAACAGGGACGCCUCAUUUGGAGACAUCAAGAAAUCAUCGGGGUACUUUGUUCAUCACUUUGCUCCAUCUAAUCUUGCCCGAAUACCAAAAAAUGUGAUCUUUGUCAUUGAUCAGAGUGGCUCAAUGCGCGGGAGGAAAAUACAACAGACCCGGAUCGCACUGAUUCAUAUCUUGAAUGACCUGGCAGAAGAUGACUUCUUUGGUCUGAUCACUUUUGAUGGCAGCAUUUUUCACUGGAAACGAGAACUUGUUCAAGCUAAUGAACAAAAUGUGGCUAGUGCCAAAACUUUUGCACAGAACAUUCAAUCCAGUGGAGCUACUGACAUUAACCAAGCUGUUUUGGAAGGAACAUCUAUGCUAAACAGAAAUCCAAGAGAAGGCUCAGCAUCUAUCCUCAUUCUGCUCACAGAUGGAGACCCAACCUCAGGUGUGACAAAUCUGGAAGUAAUUCAGUCAAAUGUAAGAGAGGCCAUCAAUGGUAAAUUCCCUCUCUACUGUCUCGGUUUCGGCUUUGAUGUCAACUUUGAGUUCCUUGAAAAGAUGUCACUGCAGAACAAUGGUGUGGCACGGAGGAUUUAUGAAGAGUCUGAUGCUGAUUUACAGCUGAAGGGUUUCUAUGAAGAGGUGGCCACUCCUUUGCUGACAGAUGUGACCAUGAUUUAUGAGGGUGGGGUUAAUGUGACCCAGACUAACUUCAGCCAGUACUAUAAUGGCUCUGAGAUUGUUGUGGCGGGUCAAAUCACUGACAACAACAUUGAAACCUUCACUCCACAAGUUAUUGCCAUUUCAAGGAGGACAAGGGUGGUGUUCACGGAAACAAAUACUACAGUGGAGUCGACUGGGACAGUGUCUGACAGUAACAUCCAGAGGGUCUGGGCCUACCUCACAGUCAAACAGCUUCUAGAGAAAGAACUGCAACUCUCUGGUCCUGAGAAGGAGAACGCUAAGAAAGAGGCCUUGGAGCUGUCACUGAAGUACAGCUUUGUGACCCCACUGACAUCCAUGGUGGUCACCAAGCCUCCAGGGGGGAAUGCAGAUGUGCUUCAUAAACCCAAGGAAGGCGAAACCCCACAAGAUCCACGCACCCAUUCACAGUAUACCAUAGCUGGGGGUUUGUCAGUGGCAAGUGGUGCAUUAGGUGGAUCAGGUGGAGUCCAUUCCAGGUUUUUGGGCCAUACCCAACAGGGCACACACACCUACUUACAGUAUCCCAUAGCUUUACCAGCUGGGGCAGAUUCUUCAAGUGCCUUUUUAGGUGGAGGUUUUGGAGGGGGUUUAAGUUUUCCUGGUCAUACCCCACAGGGCACACACACCUAUUCACAGUACCCUGUAGGCCAGGGUUUACCAACAGGGGGAGCAGCUGCAAGUGGAGGUGGAUUUGGUGGAGGCAAUACCAGAUCUUUUGGUCAUACCCCACAGGGCACACACACCUAUUCACAGUACCCUGUAGGCCAGGGUUUACCAACAGGGGGAUUAGCUGCAAGUGUAGGUGGACUUGGUGGAGGCAAUACCAGGUCUUUUGGUCAAACCCACCAGGCCACACACCCCUAUUCACAGUACCCCGUAGCCCAGGGCGUUUUGAUGGCUGAGGCAGGUGCUGCAGGAGGUGGAUUUGGUGGAGGCAAUACCAGAUCUUUUGGUCAUACCCCACAGGGCACACACACCUAUUCACAGUAUCCUGUAGGCCAGGGUUUACCAACAGGGGGAGCAGCUGCAAGUGGAGGUGGAUUUGGUGGAGGCAAUACCAGAUCUUUUGGUCAUACCCCACAGGGCACACACACCUAUUCACAGUAUCCCAUAACCGGGGGUUUGCCAGCAGGGGCAGGUUCUUCAAGUACCUUUUUAGGUAGAGGUUUUGGAGGGGGUGUAAGUUUUCCUGGUAUUAUUCGCCCUGACAGUCCUGUCCUAAAUGCACCUGCUCGCCCAGCCACCCCCCCACCUCUUGUUCCAAAUCCAGCUCUUCAUGUCACCCAGUUUUUACAUAAAACUGAGAACCAGGCCCUCCCACUGUGUUAUAACGUCAUUGGAAACAUCAAUUUGAAACUUCUUCACAAUCCCAAUGCAGGGCUGUUAGUGAACGGUGAGCUCGAUGCAUUACUGGGAGGAUUCAGAAGGAUUGCCAUCUACACAACUAAUGCAAAAUUUGAGCUUGAUGGCUUGAGAAUCGUUGUACGAGACCCGCAGGGCACAGCUAUCCAUCUUCAGGAGAAUGAAAUCAUUACUCGUGAUGGUGUGACAGUGAUCAGACGGCCAAAAGAAAUAGAUUUUGUUUGCAGAGACACACGGAUCGUCCUCUUGAUUCAUGAGAAAAGCGGUCUUCGUUUCCUCUGGCCUGUUAUCAGACAACAGCUGACAGAUGGAAACCUCACAGGGAUUUUAGCUCUUAAUCCAGCAGCUUAUGAGGUGAUGCAGCAAAACCCUCUCUAUGCAAAUCUCAAAAUCCAAAACAACGAAAUGCUGGCUGCUAGAUCCACUGCCACUGACUACAGUAUCCCCUCUGCUCCAAUGCUGGACUGCUGGCUCGUCACCUCUGAGUUUGCCCUGCAGAGGUCCAUUUAUGGGUUCCUCGUUCCACAUAUUUAACUCGGGAAAGAGACUGGGCGUCCUCACCUGCACUGAUUCUCCCAGCUCCUGUGCACCUGUCAUUAAUCGCUGCAAUCCCCACCCUGCUCUUAACUCUGCUCCCUGCCUCCACCAGGGCUUGAUGAGUCCCGCUCUCUCAGUGCACCUCCAUGAGCCAUCAGUGCUAGCCCAAUCUCUGCCACGCUGCUGCACUCUCACACCAGAUUCACUCACAGCCUCUCUCGCCCUCACCUCACGUCUUGAGCCCUCUCACCGCUGGAUUCUCCUCACUCCCCGGACCCUGGAUUCCCCCCUCCCUCCACUGCCUGUUUCCCCUAUAAUAAAUCCAUUUAACUGCU